UCACCAUGCCAUAGCCUUAUGGUAUCCUUGGUUAGUUCCAAACAUUUUCCACAGCCUAAUAUCAGCCUGCCAAUUUACUUAACUAGGCUUACCGAUUAGCUUCUUGCAUGUUUGCCUAAAAGCCCAAGCCAGGCUAGCAAAUCCAGCCCAUCUGUAACAAACCCUAUCCGAAGAUCUAAAGAAAGCCCACUUUUCCAAUGCAAUAGUUUCAGAACAAAGUACCCGCACACCUGUAAAAUUACUUUGUCAUGCACUAUGAUUUCCCACAACUACAACUUGGCCCCUUCCUUCAGCUGACUCUCCCCUCUCAUAAACCCUAAAAUCAGAUUUCCAGAGAAUCGGAGUACACCGAGUGAGCUCAUCUCUUCAAUGGCGAUCCUGGCGAGGACGAGGCCCCUGACCCGAACUCUUAAUUCGAUCAAGUCCAUUUCCACCUUCACCUUCCUUUCCCAAGAACCGCAGCUGGCAGCCGAACCCGAAAAUGUUCCCCCAACUCCACUCCCUCCGAACCCGGCCUCCGGCAGCCCUAUGUACCAAGAGAAUUGGCGGAGGCCCGUCCAGAGCCACGGCGUGGCGCUGCCUCAGUCGUUCAGCCCUUUCCAGCAAGCUCCCGUCGCCCGUAUGCAGGCGAUGUAUCAGAGCUACGACGUGGGCUCGCUGCUGAACUUGUUCGCCGAUUGGAUGACGUCGCAGCGGUGGUCGGAUAUGAAGGAGCUGUUCGAGUUCUGGGUGCGGUCUUUGGAUAAAAACGGCAGCCCCAACAAGCCGGAUGUAGAUUUGUACAACCACUACUUGAGGGCCAAUCUGAUGAUGGAUGCUACUGCUGGCGAUUUGCUUGAUUUGGUUGCGCAGAUGGGAGAUUUCGAUCUCGCGCCAAAUACGGCUUCUUUCAAUUUGGUGCUGAAAGCUAUGAACCAGGCCAGAGAGACGGAGGCUGCAGAGAAGUUGUUGCAACGGAUGGAGGUCACAGGGAAAGAAUCUCAGCCAGAUGAUGAGUCAUAUGACUUGGUCAUUAGCAUGCUGUUCCAGACAGAUCAAAUUGACUCUGCCUUGAAGUAUAUCGAGAAGACGUUGAAAAUGGGUGGCAUGUUAUCCAUGGGAGUAUUUAAUAACUGUGUGCAGACUUGUAUCCGCAAGCGGAGACUCGAUGUAUUGGCAUCUAUUAUUGAGAAAUGCAAGACAACGGAUCAGAACAAAGCACUCUCCCCAACUUGGAACAUGUGCUACAACAUUGCUGAAGCUGCAAUGGAAGGGGAUAACAGUAACCUUGCAUUCUAUGCUCUGGAGUUCAUGGCCAAAUGGAUAGCCAGAGGGGAGAUUGCUCGUCCUGCUGUACUUCUUUCUGUAGAUGAAGGACUGAUUGUGUCAGCACUUGCCACUGCUGGCAGGACACACAGUCCUACUCUCCUAGAUGCAUCAUGGGCAGUUCUUCGCCGCUCAUUACGUGGUAACAAAGCUCCUAACCCUGAGUCAUAUAUUGGAAAGAUAACUGCACAUGCAUCUUUGGGGAGUCUACAAAAGGCUUUUGCUACUCUGAAUGAAUUUGAGGCUGCUUAUGGGAAGGCUGACCAAGAAAUACAAGAAGAGCUGUUCUCCCCCUUUACUUCCUUGCGACCAUUAGUUUUGGCUUGCUCCAAGAAUGGUUUCGAGACUCUUGACUUGGUGUACUAUCAACUGGAGAAUUUGAGCAAAGCUCAACCACCAUACAAAUCCGUUGCUGCUCUUAACUGUGUAAUAUUGGGGUGUGCAAAUGUUUGGGACCUUAACCGUGCGUACCAGACAUUUGAGGCGAUUGGGCCUUCUUUUGGUUUGGCCCCUGAUAUCCACUCAUUUAAUGCACUGAUGUUUGCAUUUGGAAGGUCGAAGAAGACAGAUGAAGCUUCAAAGGUGUUUGAACACAUGAUAGGCUUGGGUAUUAAGCCCAAUGUAAUGUCGUAUUCAUUGAUCAUCGAUGCUCAUCUCAUCAACCGAGAUGUAAAAGCUGCUCUAAUCACUAUUGAUCAGAUGGUAUCUGAAGGAUUUGUCCCCACGAAGGAAAUCCUAAAGAAGAUCAGAAGACGUUGUGUACGAGAAAUGGACUAUGAAAACGAUAAAAAGGUGGGAUCUUUGGCUACACAGUUCAACAUUAGGCUGGGUGGAGAGAAUCGUAGGAACAUGCUAUUCAAUCUCCAAUAUAGCACCGAGUUUGCUUGAUGGGUACGUAUCAUUGUAUCUUACAGGAAACAGACUCAAAUAAUUGAAACUGUGUUUUCACCAGCUAUUUUUUGUUUUUGUACUUGUUGCAGGACGGCACAUGAAUGUUAUUGGUCAAUCUUAGUUUACAAGCUCGACCUUGUUCUCUGUUCUUCGUUACAUCAGUUCAUGCUUGUAAAGUACCUGAUUGUACCCUUCUUCAAGCGAUGAUUACUCACUAGAAUCAUCAAUCCACAACAAAAAGCGCUGAGAUGUGGUUUCUGAACUCUGGUGGCAGUGAGACAUGGAUUGCCAAGGAUUUUGUAAUAAAUGGUAGGAUAAAUGUGUUGUUCUUUUGGAUUUGAAGUUGAGUUACUGCCAUCCUAGGAUAACCUUUCUUACAGUAGAAAAUGUUAUGCUAGGUCAGUAUAGUAAUAGAAACAGGCUUCUCUUUUAUACCCUGAAUUGGUUCACUGCUCGAAAUGCUUGCCAAAGAGUAGAAGAAAGAUUAUAAGGAAGAGCUGUAUCCUUGUCAUUGCUAAAAACAACAGAGGGAAGAAAUACUUGCAAUUGAGUUGCCUUCGUUCGUUAUGGUAGUAGGGAGGAAGAAAUAAUGUAAAAGGCUCAUAAUGUUGUAUACAGAUUCCGUGCCUUGAUCAUUAGUCAGAGUUGAAAGGGUCUCCAGUCUCUUGUUUAUUUGUUCUGUGUUAGGUUGUCUCUAACUGUUAGUUUGAUCACAGACUGUUGGGUCAUCUUUCCUUCUUAUGUCAAAACAUAGCCCGACCCGAUUAAUCAGCUCGAUCAACCCGACCUGCAACCUGAAUUGAUUAAAAGUCAACAGUCCGUAACCCGCCCGACCCGCAACCCGAUUGACCUGCAACCCAACUAACCCGCAACCCGACUGACCCGCAACCCGAUUAACCCGAACCUGAUUGACCCGCAACUCGACUGGCCUGGAACCCGAUUAACCCGAACCCGAUUGACCCGAACCCGACUAACCUGUAACCCGACCGACUCAACCCGAACUUCAUCUAAUCAACUUGAAUAAUUAUUAUAAUACACAAUACAUAUUUUUUCAAAAUAAAGUUUUUUAUUGUAAACUUAAGUAAAAUUAUUUUUUCAUUUCGUAUAGGGAAUUUAAAAAAUAUGAAACUCACUGGAUAUUAUGUAUUUUAAGAAAAUUACAAAAAUUGAAACAUAAAGGUCACUUGAACACUAAGUUCCUUAACAAAAUUAAAAAAGUAAAUAUAAAAUAUAAAAUCAACAUAAUGUCAAUAUUAAUAAUGGAAUUAAUAAUUGAGAUCAUGGACAAUAUUAAUAUAAUAUAUAAAUAAAAAUUUGGUUAAUUUAACUAUUCAAUAAAAUUAUCAAUUAAAUAUAAAUAAAGUAAAGUAAUGUAU